AUGGCCCACGCAAAAGCCCAAGACGAGCUUCAGAAGCGUUACGAAGAAGGAUCCCAGUCUCUGGAAGAUCCCGAGGUGGAGCACAUGAUCCGCCAGGCGGAUGAGAUGAUGGGAAAACCGGCACGCAUGCUGAUCGCGCGAGCAGGACUAGAAGGUUCCACCACUGCAAGCUUCAGUCUUCUUGACCAUGGGUGUGGCACAGGUCUGAUCGCAUCCUGUCUUCAAGAAGUGAUUCAGCCUUCGGUCCUGUCACAGAGCAGGAUUUUCUGUGCCGACAUUAAUGCGCGGUUUGUUGAUAUUCUCCUGCAGCGCGCGCGGAGAGACCAAUGGAUCAACGUCGAGGCUGGCGUGCUGGAUGCUCAAGACUCAGGUCUUCCCAAGCACUCGUUCAGUCAUGUAACCAUGAAUUUCGCCAUGCAUAUCAUCCCUGACCCAGCAGUAGUCCUGCGCGAUACGAUUCGCAUUCUUCGACCUGGCGGCCUCGUGGCAUUCAGUGUGCCGCAUGCCAACAACGGUCAUGAUGGCGGAUGGGUACCAGAUCUCCGAUCAGCACUCGAAUCUCUCCCCUUCCAGACGUCGUUUCCGGACCCAAUGCCGGUGGCCCUUCACGGUAAGCCGGAAUGGGUAGAGCCUGAAAGCAUUGAAACGGAGCUGGCCCGUCACGGCUUCGUUGAUGUCAAGAUCGAAACUGUUGGUUCCAUCCAUCCCGUUGCCAAUGCCGAAGGCUUUUUAGCUUCGUUUGGAAUGAUGAUUAAGUGGAUAAUCAACACGUAUUGGACUGUGGAGCAGAAGGAGCAGUAUGAAGAUGAUUUCAAUAAGAUCCUGGUCGAGCAUCUCCAGAUUAAGCAUGGUGGGAAAGGCUGGGACCUCAAAUCAACAGCUAUACUUGUUACGGCUCGGACGCCGCAGUAG